UUGACACCCUUAGGGCUUAGGUCCAUCUCAACUUUCAUGUCUGCAAUGGCAAUUUAAAAGGGGAAGAAUGGCAAGGUUGUCAAUCCAUGGACAGCCUUAGGUCUCUCUGGACCGAUUGGCUUCGCUGCACUUUUUAUCUUUGUUCGUUUCUUGGUUUUUGAUUCGCCUCCUCGCCCUCUGCCAUUGUUUUAUAUUGGAGGGACGGCUAUCCGGCUAGGGGUUCUCUUUUCUCUUCAAAGGAUUGGGAUUAGGGUUGGUUAGUGUUCUCUUUCAAUGGCGAACCGUACGGAUCCGGCAGCCAAAAGCAUUCGAGGGACGAAUCCUCAGAACCUGGUAGAGAAAAUAUUGAGGUCGAAGAUCUAUCAAUUUACGUACUGGAAGGAGCAAUGCUUCGGACUCACUGCGGAGACGCUUGUCGACAAGGCCAUGGAGCUGGACCACCUCGGCGGUACCUAUGGCGGCAAUCGCAAACCGACACCCUUCAUGUGCCUUGUCAUGAAGAUGCUCCAGAUUCAGCCCGAGAAGGAUAUCGUCGUCGAGUUCAUCAAGAAUGAAGACUACAAAUAUGUCCGUAUUCUUGGGGCCUUCUAUUUGCGCCUCACUGGAUCAGACACUGAUGUAUACCAGUACCUAGAGCCACUAUACAAUGACUAUCGGAAACUUAGGCGAAAACUAACAGAUGGAUGUUUUGCUUUGACUCAUGUAGAUGAGGUUAUUGAUGAACUUUUGACUAAAGAUUAUUCCUGUGACAUUGCUUUGCCACGUAUUAAGAAAAGAUGGACUCUUGAAUCAAUUGGGAGACUGGAACUUAGAAGAAGUGCUUUGGAAGAUGAUUUUGAAGAGGAAGAAGAAAAGGAAGAGGAUGAACAAGUUAUGGCUGAAUUAGAAGCUGGUGCUCAUGAAAAGGAUUAUUAUCGUGGGCGGAGUCCUGCAAGGGAUAGAGAUAGGGACAGAAAACGUGAUAGUUAUAGACACAGGGAGCGGGACUAUGACAGGGACUAUGAUAGAGACCGUGGAAGAGGGCGAGAAAGAGAUAGAGAUAGAGAUAGAGAUAGAGACAGAGAUAGAGACAGAGAGAGAGACAGGGAUAGGGACCGGGACCGGGACCGCUACCGCCUACGUGAAGACUAUGGUCGUGAGAGAGAGCGGGAUAGGGAGGAUAGAGAACGGGAUAGGAGAGACAGGGAUCGUGGGAGGCGAAGGAGCCGUUCCAGGAGUAGGAGCAGGAGUAGGGAUCGCAAGGAGCGUGGUGGAGACCGUGAAGGUGGGAAUCGCAGGAAGAGGCAUGACCGCAGUGCCAGUCCUAGGAAGCGUUCGGAUGGAACAGAGGAAGGGAAUGCUCGGGAGGAGUCGAAGAAGAAGAAGGAAAGGAAAGAGAAGAAGGAUGAUGGGACAGACCACCCGGAUCCAGAGAUUGCAGAACAAAACAGGCUACGUGCAUCUCUUGGAUUGAAACCAUUAAGGCCGUGAAUUGUGGGGUUGAGCAAGAAUUGUGCCUAUCCACUGCUCUACCCAUUGUAUGAUAAAAGGGCUAUUCACCUUCACCGACUGCCGUUAGUAGAAUUCAAUCUGCAAUAUAUAUAUACACACAGAAGGCGCAUAACUAGAUCAAUCUAUCUAUUGUUCUGUUUCAUGUACGUCAUCCUUUCUCGUUUUCUAGCAAUGCACUACUUGUUUUUCCCAUGUGGCUCUAAACAGUAAACAUAGCAUUUGGAAAAGCUGAAAAUAGUAUAUUUUCUGAGGGUUGUUGAUACAUCGAAAAGGAAAA